CCCGCCCCUUGCGCCGUGCCCGGAGCCUGGCGGCGGCCGUGCUGACGGCGGUGUUGUGUCUCAUCGGCGGCAGCCAUGAGGUCGCUGUGUCUCGUCACCGUGGGGGUCCUGGCUCUGACGCUGCUCAUCGCCAGCGUCUCCUUGUUGGUGGCGCAUGUCUUUCAGACGGUGGUGGACCUGCAGGUGAAGCAGGGUACAGUAUUAAAAAAUGGCACAGAAACCUUUGAAGCUUGGGAAGAUCCUCCUCCACCAGUCUACAUGCAGUUUUACUUUUUUAAUGUGACAAAUCCACUAGAAGUGCUUCAAGGUGCUACUCCUCUUGUGGAGGAAAAAGGGCCAUAUACCUACCGAGAAUACAGGCCAAGAGUGCAUGUUCAGUUUUUGGACAACGGCACCAAAGUAUCUGCUCUGAAUCCAAAGACGUAUGUGUUUGAACCUCAGAAGUCAGUUGGAGACCCUGAAGUGGAUCUGAUUAGAACAAUUAAUGUUCCUGCAGUGACUGCAAUGGAGUGGACCAGGGCAACAUCUCUUCAGUUUGCCACGGAGGUGCUAUUGCUCCUGUACCAAGAAUCCCUGUUCACAGUUCGCACAGUGCAUGAAUUACUGUGGGGCUACAAAGACAAACUCCUGUCAACCAUUCAUGUUUUGCAUCCUGAAAUCGACCCGGUGUUUGGCUUCUUUAAUAAGAUGAAUGGAACUGAUGAUGGAGAAUAUGUUUUCCUCAGUGGAGAAAUGAACUACCUUAACUUCUCAAGAAUUGUGGAAUGGAAAGGAAAAGAGUCAUUGAACUGGUGGACAACAAAGACUUGUAACAUGAUCAAUGGAACAGAUGGGACAUCUUUUCAUCCAUUGAUUAGCAAAGAUGAGAACAUUUAUAUAUUUUCUUCUGAUUUCUGCAGAUCUCUUUACCUGGUGUAUGACAGCUCAGGAAGUGUUGCAGGUGUCCCAACCUACCGCUUUGUGCCCUCCCCUAUGGUGUUUGCCAACACCACCGUUAACCCAGACAACGCUGGAUUCUGCGUACCACCAGGAAACUGCCCUGGUGCUGGUGUCCUCAAUGUCAGCAUCUGCAAGCAAGGUGCUCCCAUAUUUCUGUCAGCUCCACAUUUUUACCAAGCAGAGCAAAAGUUUAUAAGUGACAUAGAGGGCAUGCACCCAACAAAGGAAUACCACGAGACAUUUGUGGAUAUCAAUCCUCUGACAGGGCUUGUCCUGCAAGCAGCCAAGCGGAUGCAGAUCAAUGUUCAUGUCAGAAAAUUACCUGAAUUCUUUGAAACAGGUAACAUCCGAACACUAAUUUUCCCAGUGAUGUAUAUAAAUGAGAGCGUUCUGAUUGAUGAAGCAUCUGCCAACAAACUCAAGCACGUCCUGCUGGAAGCCAGUGUUGUAACUGGAAUCCCUUUUGUAAUCAUGGCAAUAGGAAUUGUUUUUGGGAUUGUUUUUAGUGUGCUUGUGUGCAGGUCUCAGGGAGUAAGAGAAGAGGGAAGGGAUGUUUUAAUAGACACAGAAUAAAAGCACCAAAACAAAGGAAUGCAGCUAAUAUAAGAGACAAUUGUGGUAAGACAGGUAGCAUUUUCUGUGCCUAUUUUCCUUGCUGAUAGUAGUAUAAAAAAUAAAAAUCAGCCUGUCUAGAGGACCCUGAAGGGUAAUGUGCAAAAAGCCCACCGUAUUUGAUGAACAGAUAUAGUCACAGGCAGUCUGACCGUGUUCUCAGUAGAAACAGUUGUCUUAUGCCAGUUGAUUAUUUUUCAGAAUCAUAAUGCAAUUUUAUAACUAAAGAAUGGAUGAAUUUUACAAACAGUAGUAUGCGAAUAGUUCUGUCCAGAUAAUACUAGUUUGUACACCUAUUUAUGAAAAAUUCUGUUUGAAAAUGUCAUGGUGUUAAGGCCGUUAUUUAACAACUUUGAAAGCCAAAAUUUCACCCUAAGACAGAAGGGUCCGGAUGAGAUAAACUUUGGAUUCUUUGGUUGAAGGAACAGACUGGGUACUCUAGUAGGCUGCUUUCUUCCUGUAGCUGCUGUGAUCUUAGUGUGGUGUUGCUUAUAUGAUGCUGCCCAAGCACCUCUUUAGAGCCAUGUAGGAAAGCACACAGAACCCCCAGAGCGCACAGCUGUGCUGCGUGUGCACUUCUAGCCUGUGGGACCCGGUGCCAGCUGGGGAUGCGGCGGCGGUGGCAGCAGCUUGGUGGAGAGGUGUGCAGCCUCCCUUCCUCAAGCAGCGGCUUCGAGGAGCUGAUCUCUGGCUCUUUUGCUUCAGUCUUGUAUGCCUCUGGGUACCCAGGAAGCAUUGCACCACCAGGGGCUCUCAGGACCAUAGUUCAGGUUCCUUUUCAUGAGAGCCUGGUCCUUUUUCCUUUGGGCUUUUGAGCCUGCUGUGCCACAGGCAAACUCGGGUAGAAGUUGCUGAGUGGAGUGCAUCCUGACCCUUUUCCUCCACUCACCCUGAUCCCCUUCUGCCUCUGCACAGGCACAGGGAAAUCUCUUUGCAUCAUCCCAGUGCCGGUACCUGCCAAAGCUGCCAUCCACCCUCCAGCACCUCACCUGUGCAGUGAGGGUUCCUUUAGUAAAUCUGCACUUGGAAGUAGGAGCCAAGAGCUUUUUCCUUUCCUCUUUGGAGUUUAAGAAAUUUAGCUUCCCCACCACAGAAGCGCUCUAAUGUGCCACAUUUAAUUUUCCUU